AUGAGGUAUCAAUCGCGAGCAGCGGUAGCUUUAGCUGCCCUGCCUACCGUCUUCGGCAUUACGCCCGAGUCAAUGCUCGCUGCGAAUCGCUAUGGAGUCGCUACGCCAAACCCCAGUGGUGAUUUCGCACUUUUCACGGUGUCUAAUUACACCUUCGAAACGAAAGAGAGCGCGUCGCAGUGGAAUAAACUAGACUUAAAGACCGGCGACAUCUCAGUUUGGUACGCCGGAUCCGACAUUUCGGAAGUCGUGUUCGUCGGAUCUACUCCGACGAGUAUCAUCUACAUCAACGGCACCAAUGCCGAAGAUGACGGUGGUAUAAGCCUGUAUUCCGCGGAUGCGAAUUCCUUAGAGGAUGCGAAAUUGAUCGCUUCUUUGCCUGCGCCUUACUCAGGUCUUAAAGCUGUUCAGACCGCGUCGGGCGACAUCCACUUCCUUGUGUAUACUAAGGCAUACCCCAACGGUACGGCGUACAAUGAGGCGUCGGCUAGCACGCCCGCCAGCUCGGCAAGAAUUUACACCACAACUUAUGUCCGACAUUGGGACACAUGGCUCAAUGGAGAGAAGAACGCUGUUUUUGGCGGUGUGCUAAAGGGAGGUAACGGCUCCUACGCAUUCUCUGGUGACCUCACCAAUUACGUCAGUGGUAACUGCAACGUUUCCUGCUUGGAGAGCCCUUAUGACCAGAGCGAUGAGAGCGAUUACGACAUUUCGCCUGACGGCAACCACGUCGUUUUCCUAUCGAAAGAUCCCUCGCUUCCAUUGGCUAACUACACCGCCGACGUAAUCUACCACGUACCAUUCAAUGGUACUGCUAAAGACAUUGUCGCUAUCAAUGCCAGAGGCAGCACCAAGUACGCCGAGGCCCAGGGUGCAGCCACAAGCCCCCGAUUCUCACCCUCAGGAAAGCAAAUCGCGUAUUUCCAGAUGAAUGGUAUUGCGUACGAGUCCGACCGUAACAUCCUCUAUGUCGCAAAUGCGGAUCCAGAAGACUUCAACGUAACAGCUCUCGCGCACGAUUGGGAUAGGUCGCCGGAUGUUUUGGCAUGGUCGAAGGAUUCGGAAACUAUUUUCGUCUCAGCUCCGGAUCUAGGUCGCGAACGUAUCUUCCCCAUUCCUCUUACUGCUGGCGACUCGUACGAGCCCAAGAACAUCACGAAUGAAGGUGUGCCCUCUGCAUUCUAUGUAUUGCCCGAUGAGUCCAUCCUAGUAUCCGACACGAAGAUCUGGACGAGCCGAGAUAUCUUUUCUAUUACACCCGAGGGUGAGGUAGUCAAGACGUAUUUCCAGGCCAACUUAGUCGACCCGGCCCUGAAGGGACUCAAGCCCGAAGAUGUGUCCGAGUUCUACUACUCGUCCAACACUUCCGAGAUCAAGCAGCAAGCUUGGAUCAUUUACCCAGAAGGUUUCGAUGAGAGCAAGACUUAUCCUCUGGCGUUCAUCGCACAUGGUGGACCCCAAGGAGCUCACUUCAACAGCUGGUCGACACGUUGGAACUUCAAGGUUUGGGCAGAUCAAGGUUACGUCGUAAUCGCGCCGAACCCAACCGCAAGUUCGGGAUGGGGUCAAAACUUGACCGACUCUAUCCAAGGCCGUUGGGGAUCGUACCCGUACUGGGACUUGGUGCAUGCCUGGGAUUACGUCAACAGCACUCUUAAAUAUGUCGACACGGAGAAGGGCAUCGAAGCUGGCGCGUCUUUUGGCGGAUACAUGACCAACUGGAUCCAAGGCCACGAGCUCGGUAGACGAUUCAAGGCGCUCGUGACACAUGAUGGUAGCACCUCAACCCUUAAUCAAUACGCGAGCGAGGAGCUCUGGUUCAUGAACCAUGAUUUCAGUGGGCAGUUCAACCAGACCGGAUUUGUACCCGGUUCACCCUACUAUGACUGGAACCCGCUAUUGUACGUGGACAACUGGGCGACGCCUCACUUUGUAGUCCACAGUUCCAUGGAUUUCCGUCUGCCUAUCAGUGAAGGUGUUCUUCUCUUCAACCUCCUCCAGACUAAGGGAGUGCCAAGCAAGUUACUCAACUUCCCUGAAGAGAACCACUGGGUCCUUAACCCAGAGAACAGUUUAGUCUGGCAUACAGAGAUCUUCAAGUGGAUUAACCAUUAUAGUGGUAUUAGUAAUACCUCGAGCCCUUAUUAGGACCGAGGCUAGAUAGUAUUUGGGACUGGGACUCUUUCUCAAAUCCUGUAAUAACUAAUUCAAUUAGACAUUAUCGUUUGAUGAAGCGAAUUUGUGUUUGGUGCAAUGAAUAUAUGUAAGUACAUGAGUCAGUAUGUGAGUCGACUUGUUACUCGAAAAGAUAAAUGCGUGAGUGGUGGGUUCCAAAUCCUUUAUGAUUAUUAUGAAGAUAUUCAGGUACCUCCGUAUCAUACGGAAUGGGUAAAUGCUAGGGUGAGAAGGUUCUUUUGACAACACGUGUGAACAGGAACGGGUUGACACGGAUUACCUAAAGAGGUAUAGGCAACACAUUUUAAACUCACAUGGAAAUAACACUCCGUUUCAUACACGAUGUCAAUUCUCAAAUCUUA